AUGGCCUCAGUGCAGAUUCUGGACGGUGGCCUGGGAACAUCCUUGCAAGACAAAUACGGAGUCAAGUUCGACUCCUCCACCCCACUCUGGGCAUCCCACUUGCUGGUCGCUGAUCCAGCAACCCUACAAGCCUGCCAGCAGGAUUUCGUGGCUGCUGGCACAGAUGUGCUUCUGACAGCAACCUACCAAGUAUCUGCCGAGGGGUUUGAACGAACAAAAACCGCAGAUUUCCCAAGUGGCGUCCCGAAAAGUGCAAUCGGGCCUUUUCUUCGUACCGCGCUAGAUGUUGCAGAGCAGGCAAAGGCCAGUGCAAACACCAAGAUUGCUCUCAGCUUGGGCCCAUAUGGCGCGUGCAUGAUCCCAGGACAGGAGCCCUAUUUCGCUGGCAUCUCGAUCGACUGCGCCUCUUUGCGGGAGGCUGAGAAGAAUCUAAUCCAGCGUGUGCAGUAUGUUGCCUUUGAGACAUUGCCGCGCCUCGAUGAGGUUCGUGCUGUUAGAAGAGCAAUUCGUGCUGCGGCGAUUGAAGUCCCGUUCUGGAUCUCGUGUGUCUUUCCUGAAAAGGAUGAUGUUCUACCAGACGGGAGUUCAAUUGAGCAGGUUGUCAGUGCUGCUGUGGAUUUAAGAGAAGGUGCUGGCGCUCCGUGGGGCAUUGGAAUCAACUGCACGAAAAUACACAAGCUUCCGAAUUUGGUGAGCAAGUUCGGCGACAGUGUUGCGGCCAGAGUGGCUGCUGGCCAUCUGGCAACUGCCCCUUGUCUUGUCUUGUAUCCCGACGGGACCAAUGGCGAGAUUUACAACACAUCCACGCAAACAUGGGAGAGGCCGACCAAUGCCAGAGAUGACGCAAAAAAACGGUGCCCUUGGGAAUUACAGCUUGCUCAAGUUGUCCAAGAUGCGACAGCAAGUGGAAAUUUUCACUCGUUCCUUGUUGGUGGCUGUUGCAAGGCUUCUCAUGCAGAUAUUGAAAAACUUCAUGAUCGACUCAAAAAUCAGUGA